AUGGGUUUCUUCCGCGACGACGGCAGCACUGCUAGCUUGAUCCACAAACCCACAAUGACGAUCACCGAGGACGACGCCACAACUGUCCACGACGAUGCGAGGCAAAUAACAACUGGUGUGCAAACGGGUCGAUGUGGUGUGCUUGAGCACUGCGAGUGCGCUAGCAUAACUUGCCAGAACCGCGAACUACAACUGCCAGCUACCACGAAGACCAUAUACGAGUCCUGGACUCUGGCGUAUCAUCGGCCCACAGUGCACGUCAGUCCUCAGCUGAAGAGCUUCUGCAUUUUUCAAUAUCUGCUCAAAAACACCACGACUGUACCAGGUCGAGUCAUGUCCAUCGAGCCAAAGACGCAAUAUGGCCAGAAGGAGCUUGCCGAGGUGGUGUAUUGUGUGCGAGAUCAGCACAAGCCAAAGCUCUUCAGGUCGGGGAAUUACGACAAGGAUGUCGAAACCCGUCUGAGGAGCCUCGACUGGACGGUCCAGGACGAGCUUUACAAGCUGAUCAGGGAUCGCACUGAGAACGCCAGCAACGCGUUCCGGCGCAGGGAGUACAAGCUUGUCGUGCUCCUGGAAGUUCCUGGAGGCGAGAUGACUGAUGCGGGAACUGGCAAGCAGUGCAGCAAGAGGUGGUGUAGGAUGAUGAGGAAGCUCAGGCGCACUAAAGCACCACACGUGGAGUACCGUGUCAUCCUUCGAGGAAGCGAGGUGCUGAACAGUGAUGCUGGCUGGGGCUCAUACGACAGAUAUGCCCAGCCAUGGAAGCUGGCUGAUGAGGCCGAGUUGGCGAAUGCCAGGGAGAAGAGCGGAUACCAGGAGAUCCUGAACUGA